AUGGCGCAGCGCGUCCUGCUGCCCCUGCUGGCCCUGGCCCUUUGCAGCGGCUUCGCUUUCCUCUGCGGAACAGCGCCCACGUCUGCGCGGCAGCUUCGCAGCGCCCGCGGGGCAGUGACGGAGGUGGAGCUGUCCAGCUCGCUGAGCACGGCUCUGGAGGUCUCGACGCCGGGCUGGUGGGCCAACAUCGUGACCUUGGUGGUGCCUCUCGCCAUUCUCAUCACCCUCUACCUCCAGUCCGAGCGACGCAAGGCGCAGGCAAAGUGA